AUGCCGCAGAAAGCCGCUCAGCAAGCUGGGAUUCCCGAAGGGCGCGGAGUCAGGUACGACGAGAUCGAUAUGGCGCUCUUCCGCGCCAAGCUCUCCUACCAUGCGACGGCCGAAGAGCGCAUGGCGUCGCGAGAUCCCAAUCUCGUCUCUAUCUCGGAACAUCAAGCGCGAUUGUUGAGGCUCUGGGAGAUGCACCAGCACUCGAGGGAGGGAAAGAACGGCGGUAACAUGACACCGGCCGAAAGGAACCAGUUGGCGCAGUUUCAAUGGCGAUACAAACGAUUGGAGGACCUCGCCACGCAGGGCACGAGGUAG